GGCCGCCUGCCCGGCAUGAAGACCAAGUUCUGCAACGGGGGCGAGGCGGAGCCCUCGCCUCUCGGGCUGCUGCUGAGCUGCGGCAGCGGCAGCGCGGCCCCGGCGCCCGGCGCGGGGCAGCAACGCGACGCCGCCAGUGACCGCGAGCCCAAGCAGCUGGGCGGGCGGCAGCCGCCGCUCGCGCUGCCCCCGCCGCCCCCGCCGCCGCCACCGGCGGACGACCAGCCCGAGCCCCGGACGCGGCGCAGGGCCUAUCUGUGGUGCAAGGAGUUCCUGCCCGGCGCCUGGCGGGGCCUUCGUGAGGACCAGUUCCACAUCAGUGUUAUCAGAGGUGGCCUCAGCAACAUGUUGUUCCAGUGCUCCUUGCCCGACACCCUGGCCUCCGUCGGAGACGAGCCUCGGAAGGUGCUCCUGCGGCUGUACGGGGCGAUCCUGAAGAUGCGGUCCUGUAAUAAGGAGGGAUCCGAACAAGCUCAGAAAGACAGUGAAUUUCAAGGUGCCGAGGCCAUGGUCCUGGAGAGCGUCAUGUUUGCCAUUCUCGCCGAGAGGUCGCUGGGGCCGAAGCUCUUCGGCAUUUUCCCCCAAGGCCGCCUGGAGCAGUUCAUCCCGAGCCGGCGAUUAGACACUGAAGAAUUAAGUUUGCCAGAUAUUUCUGCAGAAAUAGCUGAGAAAAUGGCCAGAUUUCAUGGUAUGAAAAUGCCAUUCAAUAAGGAACCAAAAUGGCUCUUUGGAACAAUGGAAAAAUACCUGAAUCAAGUGCUGAGAAUUAGGUUUACGGGGGAGUCCAAAGCGAAGCAGCUGCACAGGUUCCUCAGCUACAACCUGCCUUUGGAGCUGGAAAACCUGAGGUCAUUGCUUGAAUCCACUCCAUCGCCCGUCGUGUUCUGUCACAAUGACUGUCAGGAAGGUAACAUCUUACUGCUGGAUGGCAGGGAGAAUUCCGAAAAACAGAAACUCAUGCUCAUCGAUUUUGAAUACAGCAGUUACAACUAUAGGGGAUUCGACGUUGGGAAUCAUUUCUGUGAAUGGAUGUAUGAUUAUAAUUAUGAAAAGUAUCCUUUUUUCAGAGCAAACAUCCUGAAGUACCCUACCAGGAAGCAACAGCUCCAUUUUAUUUCCAAUUACUUGGCUGCAUUCCAAAAUGAAUUUGAAAACCUCAGUAAUGAAGAAAAGUCUGUUAUAGAAGAAGAAAUGCUGCUUGAAGUCAAUAGGAGUACGCCCAAGCCAGGUUCGAUGCCUACUUUGACCAGAAGAGGAGGCUCGGGGUGUGACCAUGUGCGGCCUUCCUGCCUGCAUCCCUGGAUGGCGUCGGGGUGGCCGAGCCCGCGGCGCCUCUGUGCUCUGACCACUGUACCCGCGGCCGGAAGGCUCAGACGUCGCGCCGCCCAACACAGAUGUGUAUGAUACGAAAGACUGUAUUAAAAUUGAGUAACAUUUAUUUCUUAUCUCGUUUACGACCUCACUAGGACUCUGAGAUUGGGAAGCAGAAUUAUAGUACACUAGUGCAAUAGUGCAAGAUCUCAGACCCCUCUCAUCUAGAGAAGACGUUUCUGUCGCAGGUGCCUUUUGUGGUUAAUGUUGAUCUUUACCCGGUGUGAAUGGCUGUGCUGGCGGACAGCGCUGAGUGGGCCCUGUGAUGGGCGUGCAGACACUGCUCGCUCCCGAGGGGGCGGUGACACUGUGACCAUGCUCCUUGGCUUGACUGCCCCCCGACGGCGCGGGGGGCGCGGGGGCCGUGAGGAACGUGGCUACCUGCUUCCUGUCGUCCGAACUUCCCUCCGCCGGUGAGUCUCACCCCAACUGGAUGUGCCCCGCCCCAUGCCCUCUAACAAAGUGCUUUAUUAACCCUGGCUUCGGGGCGGGUAGCGGGCCAUGGCCACUGAGGGCCACGUGGACACACCUGUCCCCCCACCUGCUCUCUGCCCCCGGCUCCCACCCCCCCUGCUCAGCCUGGAGCUGGGGCUGCUCCGGCAGGGCUGGCCCCCCACCCCCAGGCCUGGUCCUGCCCCGUGCCCUCGGAAACCUCCUGCCACCCCGGUGCUGGGGCCUUGGCGUGCCUGCGCCCGCUGCCCGUUCAUGUGGUCAUCGUGCGGCCAUCCCAGUGGGAGACCACAGCCCGUGGGUGGAGUCUGGGGCAUGGAUAGAGUAUAGCUGUGAAGUCCAUGUAUAUUAAAUGUCCUUUGGGAUAAAUCCUUUUGUUUUUUACUCUGAACUCUUAUUUGAAUUGUUUUUUUGUGCAUACAUUCCCGCUACCACAAAGAUUGUACUAUACAAACAAUAAAAAGUAUAAAAGCCUA